AGAUAAAAACUUGAGCUUCAAACAGCUUUUCAAAUGGUGCCCAAGAUUAUCAUGAGUGUUGUUUUCUAUAUAUUCCUCUCUAUACAACUGCACACAUCAAUGGCGCAAACUAAUUGGAUCAGGGCUGGUUUUUACAUGUAUAACCAAUAUGAGUUUCCCAUUUCGGAGAUCAAUUUUGCUCUCUUCACUCACAUUAUUUGUGAAUAUGCUGCUGUGAAUUCUACCUCUUACCAACUCUCUUUAUCACCGGCUGAUGAACAACAUUUCCCCGAAUUCACACAUACUAUAAAACAAAACAACCCAUCAGUCGCUACAAUGCUAUCUAUUCAUAUUAAUGGUGAUGCAACCUAUUCUACAAUGGUAAGCACUUCUUCAAACAGAAAAUCCUUCAUCGAUUCCUCCAUAAAAAUAGCCAGACGUUACGGUUUCGAAGGCCUAGAUUUCUCUUGGCAAUUUCCAGCCACAAGUAUUGAUAUGUUCAAUAUGGGAAUUCUCUUUAAAGAGUGGAAAGCCGCUAUUGAUUUAGAGGCAACAGACUCAAGCCGGUCUGCACUGAUCUUGACGGCAAAGGUUUAUAAUACACCAAAGAUUUAUUCAACAAGUUACCCUAUAGAGUCGAUACAACAACAUUUGGAUUGGGUUCAUUUUUUUGUGGAUUACAUUAAAAAUGAUAUUAGCUGGGACAGGCAUACGAGCACUGAGGCAUCUCUGUAUAAUCCAUAUGAUUUUGACAAUGCGGAUUGCGGCAUAAGAGAAUGGAUCGAUGGAGGAUUAUCGGCUAAUAAAAUGGUGUUGACUUUACCUUUCUAUGGUUUUGCAUGGAGGCUGGAGAAUCCUAUGGACAAUGGUAUUGGUGCACCGGCAAAGGUACAACUCAACUUAUGUGGUGAAUUACUGGACAAAGGGAACAACUUGGUACUGCUUCAAUGA